AUGGCGGUGGAUAUUGAGGCACAAUCUUCAUCUCCUUCAUCAAUCUUUAAAGAAGUUCAUUGUCCUGUUACACUCAAGUUUCAGGAAGUGGUUUACACCAUCAAAGUCAAGAAACAAGGAUGGAUGAUCAAGAAGAAACACGAUCAAUCAUUAAUGGAGAAACAGAUCUUAAAAGGAAUUACAGGUAUAGUGUUGCCCGGAGAAAUGUUGGCCAUGUUAGGUCCAUCCGGCUGCGGGAAAACCACCCUCCUGACGGCACUCGGUGGCCGACUUGGCGGCAAACUCAACGGAACCAUCACCUACAACGGGAAACCAUUCUCGAGUAUCAUGAAGCGUUACACCGGUUUCGUUACUCAAGAUGAUGUUUUAUACCCUCACUUAACAGUCACCGAAACCCUAAUUUUCACCGCGCUACUCCGCUUACCCAAAACCCUAACCACGCAAGAAAAGAUCGUCCAUGCCGAAGCCGUGAUCAAUCAACUUGGUUUAAAGAGAUGUAAGAAUAUCAUCAUCGGUGGCCCGUCGUUAAGAGGGGUAUCCGGUGGGGAGCGGAAAAGGGUUAGUAUAGGGCAAGAAAUGCUUAUAAACCCUAGUUUGUUGUUCUUGGAUGAGCCAACUUCUGGGCUCGAUUCAACGACUGCUCAAAGGAUUGUUUCGAUAUUAUGGGAGUUGGCAAGAGGCGGAAGAAGCGUUGUGAUGACGAUUCAUCAACCCUCGAGUCGGCUCUUUUAUAUGUUCCGUAAGGUGUUGUUGCUAUCGGAAGGGAAUUCACUGUAUUUUGGAAAAGGAUCGGAAGUUAUGGAUUAUUUUCACAGUAUUGGAUUUUCGCCAUCCGUAGCCAUGAAUCCUUCGGACUUUUUGUUAGAUCUUGCGAAUGGGAUAUCAUCGGAUGAUUCGAGUCAUGCGGAUCAAAAUGCAGUCAAGCAGAAGUUGGCUUUGGCUUAUAAGUCGAAUCUUGCUGAGAAUCUGAAAGCUCGAGUAGCAGAAGUUCAUGAUCACGUUAACGAUACUUUAAACAACAAUAAUCCUGAACGAUGGAGCACAACGUGGUUGCAACAAGUCGCGGUUUUGCUCAGAAGAGGCAUCAAAGAGAGGAGACACGAAUUCUUUUCCGCCCUCAAGAUCGGUCAGGUUAUAGCAGUAGCAUUUCUUUGCAGUUUGUUAUGGUGGCAAUCCGAUACGACUCACUUACAAGAUCAGUCAGGAUUGCUGUUCUUUUACUCUGGAUUUUGGGGUUUUUUCCCAUUAUUUCAAGCAAUUUUCACAUUCCCUCAAGAAAGACAAAUACUGGGCAAAGAAAGAUCUUCAGGAAUGUACAGACUUUCAUCUUAUUUCAUAUCAAGAACAAUAGGAGAUCUUCCAAUGGAGCUGGUUCUACCCACAUUGUUUUGCAUCAUAACCUAUUGGAUGGCCGGGCUCAGACCGAAGUUCCUAAGUUUCUUGUAUGCUUUGUUCACGCUUCUCCUAAGCGUGUUGGUCUCACAAGGGUUAGGGCUCGCGCUAGGUGCACUCGUAAUGGACCAGAAAUCAGCCACCAUUCUAGGGUCUGUCAUCAUGUUAUCAUUCACAUUAGCCGGUGGAUACUACGUUCAACAUGUGCCAGCUUUCAUAUCGUGGAUCAAAUACAUAUCGAUUAGUCAACAUACGUACAAACUCUUGAUAGGGACACAGUAUGAGCAUGGUCAGACCUACGAAUGUGGCAACCGGACCUGUUUGGUUGAAGAUUUUCCAGCUAUUAAGAGUGUUGGGCUCGAUGGUCAAGUGAACUCUGUUGUUGCUUUGGCUAUGAUGCUGGUGGUUUAUCGGGUUGUUGCUUAUUUGGCUCUCAUGAGGAUUGGCGUACCAAAAAAGUAG